AUGGCGGCCACAAUUAAAAGAGAAACUUCGUGGAGACGACGCUGGAAACCGAAUCUUAACUCCCAACCAUGGAAACAUUUUUCCAUUUCUGGAAAAUCAUUUUUAUUGAAGUCCAUGUUUGUUGACGCGGACUGCUCUUAUGAAUUUUGCUUGUGGGAUUUCAGCACUUUCUGGUACGAGAAAGUUGAGCAUGAUGAGUUUGAAGCUCGAGCAAAGAAACUCAACCCAAAUGUUGAAGCAAAACUCACUUAUUUGCUGAAAUUUGUGCAGAAAAGUGUUGUGGAACCUAAUCAAAAGGAAGAACCAUUGUUUAUAAUCAAUCAGGAGAAUUCCUCGUCUGAGGAUGAACUGGUUUUAAAAAUGAAGGCAAAGUUACAGGGGGGUGUACCAUUUGUCUGGGAAUUCCACUGUUCAGAAGGAGGAAAACACAUGGUUGGAUCACAGCUAGUGCAGCCAAUGCUUGCCAUGAUUGCUGAGUUAAACAGACGGCAGGCUGAGCUCUGUAAGCUUCUGAGGAGAAAGGAUCAGGAGAUUAUGGAUUAUAAGGACUCAGGAGCAUGCUUGUCAAGAAAAAGCCUUGCAACGUCGGAGUUUAAUGAAGAUACAUUCAAAAGUAAAAUGAUUCUCUCACAGGGUUUUGAGGAUGCUGUACAAGAUGCAGUUAUACAAGGACUUGAUGAUGACUCAUCUGAACUGUAUAAACAGGUUAUGAUAAAAACAGCAUGGCUAGCAGAAAAAGAUCUACCAGAGCCAGAUGAAGAUGUUGAAGAGGCAGAUGAUAUCUACGGAUCAGUGGUUAUAGGGGGUCCUAGUGCCCCCUCAUGGACUGAUAUACCCCCUCCUUCCCUCUUUGGAAAGGAAGAUGAACCUUUAACCACAUCCCCCAGGGUAUCUCCCAGGAAAACACCCGUCACAUCACCAGCAAAGUCGUCUGGGAUGUCAUUGCCCUCAGAUUCGCCUUCUAAGGAUAUGGAACUAGAAAGACGCGAAGCACUGCAAAAGAGACUAGCCGAGGAAGCCGAACGAAAGAAAAAGAAAAAACGCAAAGUUAAGUUAUGACAGGCGCGCACAAGUCAAUAUUUUCAAAACUGGACUGCAAGGAUCUAGAACUUUAGAGCUUGGUUGAUCCUUACGCGCGAGAAGAUGCAAGCUCUUUUAGGGGCUUUAUUUCACGGUUAAAAGACUUCUUUGGGAAACAACAGUUUAGAAAUAUUUCAGGGAAGCUAACGACAAGUAAAGCAUAGGUCAAAAAGGGCGUGGGCACGAACUUGAUCGACAGUGUCCGACACCAUCGUUUAACCCGUAUCACCGCCCCCUCUGCCUUCAAGAUAUACCCUUGAGCAACACGCCCUGUGCAGAAGUAGUACUUUAGAAAUAAAGAGCUACUGUAAUUA